AUGUCACACUCAUCCCCAUCAACACACUUUCGCCUCCUGGACCUCCCCGUCGAAGUUAGAGAACAUAUCCUCCGCUACGCCCUCCAAGUCCCCUACUACAUCUCCCCCCGCGUAUCCAUCCCCCGAGACGCCUUCGUCCUGCGCCUCCCUCCGCUGACAAGAACCUGCCAUCUCCUCCGCAAGGAAUCCCUCCCAUUAUAUUUCGAAUGCAACACCUUCCACUUCAACCUCAAGGACGUCCUCGAAACGCCCCUCGAGCAGGAUCUCCGUUUUGAAAAGAAACUAUUGACGUUCGGGGCGUGGUGCGAGGCGGUGGGGUCGGAGAGGUUCGCGAGGAUCAGGAGUUUCGCUUUGAAUCUGAGAGGUGGAGGCGUUGGGGGAGGGAUGUAUGUGCCGAAUGUUGUGGUGACGGUGGGGCGGUUCGGGAAGGUGGAUGUCGAGGCGAAAUGUUUAUGGCAGGGGGAGGGUGGUGGAGGGCCAAAGUAUGAGGCGAAGCCGGCUCCCGAGGAGUUGGUGAGAGUUGUCAGAGAGGUUGUCGCACGGAAUCAAGGGAGCGGAUGUCUUCUCCCACGGGAUGUGGUGCAGUUCUGUCGGGCGGUUGAGAGGUUCGGGCCAGCCUUGCCGUACUUGAGGAUGUAG